AUGUAUUCGGUACCCACGGCAUCCUCUGCCUCUGCCUUGUUUCCUCUACUGCUCCAUCACCUGUCAAUACCACUCGACAUUCUCCCAGCAGCUGCACAACAACAAGAUACGUGUACCAUAAACGACGCAAACAUGGCCAGCCUUAUCUACGCUCCGGUGUUCGCACUCCUCGUCUUCGAGAUGGUCGUCUUCAUGUCGCUCAUCGUCCCGCUGCCCUUCAAAAUCAAGCGCGGACUCUUCACCUUCAUAUCCGAGAAUCCGCUUAUAGCCAAGUUACAAUACGGCUUGAAAAUUACGUUCAUCUUCAUCCUGAUCCUGUUCAUCGACAGUGUCAACCGCGUAUACCGCGUCCAGGUUGAGCUGUCACAGGCCAAGUACCAGGGCGGAGCAGCUGGCGCUGUCGCCGGCGGUGAGCGCAUGGAGGUCCAAGCCCGCAAGUUCUACUCCCAGCGCAACAUGUACCUUUGCGGCUUCACCCUCUUCCUCUCCCUGAUCCUCAACCGCACCUACAUCAUGAUCCUCGACACUCUCCGCCUCGAGGAGGAGCUCAAGACUUACAAGGGCGAGGGUGGCAAGAAGGGCAGCUCUGGUCUCGGCGAGGCCGGCGAGGCCGGCGAGAUCGGUCGUCUGAAGAAGGAGCUUGCUAAGCGUGACCGCGACAUUGAGACCAUCAAGAAGCAGAGCCAGGGCCUGAGUGAUGAGUACAACCGUCUUGGUGAUCAGGUCUCCACAAACGACAGCGUUCCAAAGAAGGACCGAUAG